GGAAGGCCGGAGGCGUCUGCUCGCAUCCCCACGGCGGGCCCGUCUGCAGAAAGGUGUUUGAAUUCCAAGCCCAGCAGCCGGUGCCUGCGGGAGACGAGCAAUGCUGGGAGUGCUGUAGCUGAGCCGGAGAUGGAUAGUGUCAGCAGCAACAGGAACAUGUCUUACAGUAGAUGGAGUUACAACAGUGUUCUGGAUGAUGAGGGGAGCAGCCUGCGUCAGCAGAAGCUUGACAGGCAGCGGGCACUGCUAGAGCAGAAGCAGAAAAAAAAGCGCCAGGAGCCACUAAUGGUCCAGUCCAAUGUGGACAGUCGGACGAGGACGCGCAGGACGAAACACUCGGAGGAGCAGGCGCCAUUGGUUGAGUCGUAUCUUAACAGCAACAGCAGCACAAUAUAUCAGGUGCAGGAGGCCGAACAGGAAGAUGUAAAGGUGGUAGUGGACGCCCAAGCUCCGAAACCAACUAAAAAAACCAAGGGAGCAGCUGCAAGCUGUCAGACUAGCAGCACCAGAAAGGAGAAAAAAGGGAAACACAAAGGGAUUGAUGGCCCAGCUGCUUUUCAAGAUGAUGUUCAGAAGAUAGGAAGUCAAGUGCAGAUUCUCACUGUUGGACAGUCCAACCAUGAGGAAGAUGAUGGAGAGAAAGUGGCUAGUGGUCAACAACAGCAAAGCAAACAAGAUCUUAGAACAGCAAUGCAGAAAAAAGAUCCCCAUGCAAAUCCAUCCUGGUCCUCUUCCACCUCCCAAUCCAGUCUUGUCGCCCUGGAUCAUGUUCCUGGCAUUUCAAGUAGCAUGAAUUUUGAUGAGGAAGAAGAUGAGGAAGAUGAAGACAGCUCCAGUUCUUCACAGUUAAACAGUAACACCCGGCCUGGUUCUGCCACAAGCAAGAAAUCCAACAAGGAAGCGGCCUCAGCCCCCAGUCCUUCCACAAAUGAGCCUCUCAUAGACGUCGAUGACCUGGAGGAAUUUGCCAUAAGACCUGCUCCACAGGGUGUCACUGUCAAAUGCAGAAUCACAAGAGACAAGAAGGGAAUGGAUCGAGGGAUGUACCCUACUUAUUACCUCCACUUGGAAAGGGAGCAUGGUAAAAAGGUCUUUCUGUUAGCUGGACGGAAACGAAAGAAGAGUAAAACCUCUAAUUACCUCAUCUCUAUAGACCCAACUGACCUGUCUCGGGGUGGAGAGAGUUUUAUUGGAAAACUGAGAUCAAAUCUUAUGGGAACUAAGUUUACAGUUUAUGACAAUGGAGUAAAUCCAAUGAAAACAACAUCAAGCCUGGAGGCGAGUACCCUGCGUCAGGAGCUAGCUGCUAUUUGUUAUGAAACAAAUGUCUUGGGGUUUAAAGGACCUCGUAAAAUGAGUGUGAUCAUACCAGGAAUGAAUAUGGACCACGAAAGAGUUUCCAUCAGGCCACGAAAUGAACAUGAGACACUUCUUGCAAGAUGGCAGAACAAAAACACAGAGAGUGUCAUUGAGCUGCAUAACAAAACACCAGUCUGGAAUGAUGACACCCAGUCCUAUGUUUUAAAUUUCCAUGGUCGAGUCACACUGGCCUCGGUGAAAAACUUCCAAAUUAUUCAUGACAAUGAUCCUGACUAUAUAGUGAUGCAGUUUGGCCGCGUGGCUGAGGAUGUGUUCACCAUGGACUACAACUACCCAAUGUGUGCACUUCAAGCCUUUGCAAUUGCCCUUUCCAGUUUUGACAGCAAGCUGGCUUGUCUCCUUCCCAGUAUAUAGAUAAGGAAAUUUCAUGGAAGAGAUGAAAAUAAGUGAUUGCCAGCAUUUUUAUAACCUUUUAAACAAUCUAUGGAGAAGAGUCUGAGUCUGCUGGCUUUGAACAGUGUUUUGUUGAUGGACUCAGCCUGUCAAAUAUUAUCUUCAGUUAACAGGAAGGAAGUUCUGCCUUUUUUUUCAAAUCUUUUUGCAAGAAGCCUUUCCAUGCAAUGGUGUAAAAUGAAAAGACAGCUUUUAUUAGAGAAAAAUGAGCAGUCAGUUCCCUCAAUGAAUGACCAAAGUGAUGAGUCAUGAGCUGCAGCCUGAUCCUUAGGCUUUGCACUUGGAUAUUUUUCUCUGUAGCUGGUGGUUUCCCACCAUUUCACAUCCCUAUCUGUCAUCUCACUUUAAAUUUAACAGAGAAGACCCUUAGGCCUUUGCUUACCUCAUAUCAGUCUUUAAAAACUAGCUCAAAUGACAACCAGAAUUUUUUGUUUAGACUACUGCAGAACCAGUCAAGAAUUCCCACUGCUGGCAUUUAGGUGUGAUAUGGAUUUCAAGAACUCUGCAGCACGGGAACGGUUGAAUCUGCAUGGCUUUAAUUCUGUGCCUUGCCAGUCAUACGCUUUCUAAAGCCUGAGAAAGUGGCACCUGACAUAGUUUUCUGCUUCCCUCUGUGCACAGCACUGUGUCAAAGGAACUAAGUGUCUUAUGGUGCAAAUGCACAAUCUGCUGGCUUUUGUAGUGGAGUUGGUUUAGGAAGGGUUAUUUUUAACGCAGAUUGUAACAAUGGUCUGACUCACAUCAUGACCCCACUGGGAAUUGGCAUGAAAGGAAGCUCAUGUGCAGUGAACUCCUGCACAAGGGUGAGAACGAGGGGCUGGGGAAAGGCAGCGAGUUCAGCUUCUUGGGGUAGUUUUGCUGCCAGCACAUUGUGUAACUUCACUCUCACUGCAUGUUCUUCCCAGCCAGGUAUUUUUUUAACCUGUAACCAUGCCAGGAGGAAAAUGGUGACUCAAAUUCCCAUCAUCUUAGCAGAAUUGUAUGAGGCCAUCAGCCAACGAGCUGCUGAGGAAAAAUCUCCCCACCAUAAAUUGAGGUCACUAGGGGGGGAUGUUAACCUGGGACUGAAGAAUGAGGAGCUCUCAUUAAAUCUGGUCUAGUUGGAAUAGGAUUUGUUCCUAGUAGCCUUUGCCAAAACCCUGAUUCCUCACUGUUGUUGAGCAAUGUACUAGGUUCUUUUGAUUCACCUGACCUUUACCAUCUGCUCUGGAAGCAGGGACUUUUAAUUUAAAAACUAUAUUAUUUCUGAUGGGCAUUUUCUGGUGAACAUCUUUACUGCAUGUCAACGUGAGGUGAUAUCACAAGUUUUCCAGCACAUCUCUAAAUUUUGUUCUCCUAACAUGGUAAAGUCUUAGCAUAGAGUCAUACCUGAAAUUACACUGUCCUCACAAAGUUAGAUUUUCUUCCACACCAGUAAUAAAAUCUUGAUACCAGUAAGUAUUUUCAGAGAUAUAUGCAUACUAAAGUAACCAAGGUGUAGUUAGUGGCACACUCAUAUUAAUAACUUCUGCUGGCCCUGCAUGUCAAUGUGCAACAGGGCAUAACCUUGUUUACUCAGCGUGACAAAGAAUAUAAUGGCCCUGAGCUGUGUAUUUACUUCACAUAGUCCUAGUGAGUGUCUGGAUACAGUAGAUUUAAUAUUAUUUAAAAUCCCAGUAUUGAUGAUUUUUUGCAUCUGCUGUUGAUUUUGGCAGAGCUGUAAACAAAUUCUUUGCCUGAAUUGCUUAUAGGCAAAUACUGCAUGCUUUAAUGAGAGUUCUUAAUCUAACUUGUCACUCUGUUUACAUCAAACAGUUUCUUCCUGGCCCUUUAUCUAAUUUUCUUCAUCUCUGAUGUUCUGUUCCUUCUCAUUCCCUUCACAAUUCUUUUAUCUGUUCUUUAAGGAUGUGCAACUCAAAAGUGUUUGACAAUAUUGCUCAGUGAUCUCUCCACAGAUGAAUAAUGCCUUUGGUGCACAUUCAGUGAUGCUCCUACAAUAGAAGCCUUAUCAGAGGGAUGAAUUUGGCCCUUUGGCUUUUCAGUAGAGUAAAUUAACACAUUAAAAGGUAGCAGAUAAAAAAGCUUGCCUAAAAUAUAAUCAGAAUUUUUCUCAGUAAACAUUCAGUAACUGGAGUUUCCAAACCAUUGGUUGCAAAUCAAUGAGCAGAGCUGUCCACAAACCCGGAGGCUGGCUGUUAGAUUCCCUUUGUAGUGCUGCCUUAUUUUUCCUUUUUUCAAAAGGUUGAAAGUGAUUUUGUGAGCUGAAGUGUGUUGGUUGCCUAUAAUAGAGUUUGUUUUUUAGAAGCUAGACAUCACUCUCCUCCUUUUGUAGGAUAAUAUGUGGCACAUAAAAUAGUAAUGUCAUAGGCUAUUGUUACAAAUUCUGAUGCUAAGAAAUCUGUGAGAAUGGUUUUGUAAUAAUUACUGGGCAAAUCUCUGGCUAUUCAAGUUCCUUACAAUAGUGCUGGAGUUCCCAGCUGGCUGUCCUCAUGAGGUACUACAACUGAAGGAGCUGUAGUGAAAAGGGCUCUGUAAUAAAAUCUGGUGGCUGCACAAUCGAAAAACAUUAUUGUGGAGUCAAAUGACACCACUGAGUUUUAUCAGUCAUGGUGAACCAAUGCCAUCAAUUCAAACUUUGAGGUUUUGCUCCCUUAUGAUGAACAAAGGAGGGAUUUUAAACAAGCAGAGACACCACUGAGUCCCUAAAAGUAUUGAGUGUUAGACCUGCUUUUCUGCUAUAAAAAUCUUACCCCUACCCGAGAGCUACCCAUUAAAAAGAAGGAAAUCAAUCCAGUCCUUAGUAUGGAAAAUCACUCCCAGUUCUUGUAUCUUACAUUUUUGCAAAUUUUAUUAUUAAUUUUUUAAUUUAUUAGUGAUUUCACAUAGGAUGCAACAAGGACUGGGAAAAAAGUGGUUUUGCCCUGAAGGAAUGAUGAGUCUAGACCCCUACUGGAAUAUUUUGUCUUUGUUUAUUUUAAUAGGACAGAACAGGGGGUUACCUGGUGUUCCUGGCAGGGAAAGUUUCUCCUAACGUGUGGCAGGUGUCAGAGGAAAGAUUUUGGGUUUGAUCCUGUGGCAUCUUAACUAUCCGCCCCAUUGCUUUCCUAAAACAUCAUUUUCCAGACUUUCCUGCUUUUAGAGAAGCAUGUACUCACGAGUAAAUAACUUUGCUUGGCAAUUAAGGACAGCACAGCAGUCACCUUUAUUAGAAUUAUGGCCUGAUAACUCAGAUUUCUCAGAAGGCCUCAUUUCGAUUACUAGAAUAAAAUAGUUUUAUACACAUAAGUCUUGCAAUAGAAUUAAUUUAACUGUAGGUGCAAGCUUCUCUUGUACGUGCUACUUAAUGAAAACAGGUUUCUGUUGCUCCUCGUGUACGAAAAGUACCUUCCAGGGUUCUGCUCUGCAAGUGUUUGAAAUUAAUUAUGUAGACACUUUUCAGUUCUUUUUGUUGCUCACCAAGGAGCUAAGAAAAGAAUUUGCACAACUCUCUCAAUGCUUUGGUAUUUUGCUAUGAACUAUAGCUCAGUAGCUGAUACUCACAAAUGCCUGUAUAUUGGAUGAAAAUGCAUUAAAACUUAUUUUGUAUGUUGUAUUUUAUUUAACUGCCUAGAAAUUAUAGAUUCCCCUUUUUCAGUAAGGGUAUGUUUAUACCUUCACUGAUGAGAAGACUUGAAUUAACUGACUUUCUUGAAACUGUUUAAUGGAACCAGUACUCUGGUUUGCUAGAUGGCUUUAGGAAGAGGAUGCCAUUCAGGAAAAUUAUGCUUACAUUUUUGAGAAAAAAAAACACUUUCCUAUUCAUGUUGUAAUUGGAUUACACAAUAACACUGGAAGCUUUUCGUGGUUUUAUUUAAGUCUGCAAUGACCGUUUGAAAAUUACUCUGGCAAGAGCUUGUUAAGCACAUGAACUGGAACGAAGUCCUACUUGAGAGUAGCAGGUAGUACCUAGCAAGUACCAGUGAAUACUCAUGCAUCUCUAUUGGUGCUUGGGUGCAAAAAAAGCCCUGAAGAGUCCAAAUCUGUGUUAAAAUCAGCCUAGUCUUUCAGAUUGUCCAACAGCUGAUAGAACACAGGCCUGGGGAUCAGGUCACCUGGCUGGUAAUCCCAACUGACUGUCUGACUUUGUGCAAAUCUUGGAAUGUCUUUGUGCCUCCAUUCCAACAAGUUGAAUGGAAAUACUAGUUUUUAGCCUGCCUAUGUCUUUCUCUUAUCUUCUGAGAAGUUUCUCAGGAAUAUUUUGAGGCUGGUGGAUGACAAGUGGUGUUGCCGUGCUCAGAACCCUAUUAAUGCUCACUGAAGGAACCUCAGUAAAAAUAUGAAGUUUUCUGCCACCUGUGUAGAAACUGAAUAGCUGAACAAUCUCUUAGGAUAAAAUACGAUGCUGUUGAAUUCUAUGGAAAUCUUGUCAAUGAUUUCAGUGAGGCUUCAGUUUUUCUACCUUGUGUUAUUUUUAGUUACUGAAAGUGCAGAAAAAACAGUAGGACAAACCAUCUGAUACACAUUUCCUUCUCACAGCGAUGUGUUGUUUGUUGUGUUUUACUUUGCAGCAUCAGUUGUUUUAAAACUAUUAUUCCUGAACACGUUGCAGAGGUUCAGUUAAUGCAACCACCUAUUUAUGCUUUUAUGGAGCAAACCAAGACACUUGGUGAUUGUGCUGCAAAUUGCAUUUUUGUGCUGUUGUUCAUUUGUUUUUUUCACUUGGAUGUGACUCAGUUGUUCAAAACUGUUUUUACUGCAGACUUUGACUCUGUCACGUACAUCUGAUUUAAAAACAAUGAGUCUUAUCAUUUAUGACUACUUUUAUACUGAAAUGGGAUGUUUACAAUGCAAUGUUUCUCACAUUUCACCCUGUAUCUGUGGCUUCCUACUGAGGCUAUCCCAGUUGGCACAGUGCCAUUAGAAGUGUCAGUAAUUUAUAAAGUGGACUCUCUCAAAGUACCAGAAUGCAAUUUAUAAACAUUUUUAUAAAUUUUAACGUUAAAAUCUAGCUGAUUUUAAUGCUUACAGAUUGCGUGACAUUUCAACGAGAUUAUUUGUUCAAAAUUUUCUUUCCUUAAGCUUGUUUUGAAGUUUGAGCUCUCAUUUAUGAUGUAAGCUUCUGAUCCUGCAGCUUCAUCUGUGCAAGCCAAACAGAGCUCGGCCUGUGCAGAUUGCCAGGCUUUGACUGCAGGAAUCUGUCAGUGCGAUGAGGAACACAGUAAGUGAUGAGAUUUCUGAAGUCCUAACAAGAGUGCCUUUCCUAAUUCUCUUAGGCACUCUGGAACAUCACGUAAGAAAUCACGUACCUUUCCUAUGUUGACUCACCAAAAUAAUAGCAGGAAUAUUUUCAUUCCAUUUGAAUUUUAAAUUUUUUUUUAAAGGCUAUGCCUACUGUCUAGGUAAGUGUAACCUUAACAACAUUUAGUCUUGAUGUCUUGGAAAACUAUAUCAUAAGAUCACUUAUUUUGCCAGUGCAGAAAAUCUCAUCAUUACACAAAACCAGAGUAUGUUGUGUGGCAGUGGGCUUUGGGCACUGCUCAUGGGAUAAUUAAGCUUGGAAAAGACCUCCAAGAUCAUCAAGUCCAACCUUUGACGUUCUAUUAAGUUCAGUGUUCAAACAAGUUUGUGAGGUCUGGCACCUUGUAACAGGAGGUCUUCAUUCCAGUCUGAGAGAGCUGAAGAUAACCCAAUUAUUACCAUCCUGUUCUCUUCCCUAGGGACAAUCUCCUGUCCUUGCUGGCUAGAUGUAGAACUGUAUUGAUCCUGAUGUGUCUUUAAACAUUACAGCAUUUUUUAGCUAUUUUGAAAAUGUUUUCAAAGAUGUGGUUUAAGUUCAAAUAAAAUAGUCUUUGAAGUAGUUAUAGGUGUACCGAGUUGAUUUAGUUGAGAGGCAGCUGCCUUUUCCAGCCAUUUCCUCAGUUGUUGUAUGAGCAGUGCUUGAUAGUUCUGCUGGAAAAAACAUAACAUAGCUAUUAUAAUAUGCUUUCCUUGGGUUUUGCCUUAUGAUUCUGCUGUUUUGUGCACCUCUGCAUUUAUUUCUGAAGGGCAGUACUUCCAGUGCUGAACACAAAUAGAACAGUGUUUUCUAA